UUCAGACUCCUGAUUCACCAUUUGCCACCCGUGGUUCUUCUCUCCCCACCACUCUGAAAUCAGAGGAUCCCACAUCAGGCGGCACAUUUUCUACUGAGAUACCUGUGUCUUCUAGGGUCACUUCCGUGACGUCUACAAACAAAACAGAGGACCGUGAAUCCAAAAGCAAAUACAUAGAAAUGUGGAAGUUGAUACUGGCAGCAGUUGCGGGUGGACUGACUGUGGUCUUCAUUCUGGUGCUGUCAGCAUGUCUCAAAGCCAAAGGAAGGAUUGGUGUGAAAAAUGUUCAGUCUGUGUGGAGGAAAACAAUUGACAGCUCAGAGAUGUUACCACCCAAUGAAGACAGAGCUUAUUGCCUCAUCACGUCUGUGCCUGACACUGAUGGUCCCACAGGUUGUCGGAAAUCUGCCAAUGAAAAGCAACAAACUGAUCAGGACGUCUACCACAUGUACAGCACCAUCCCCGAUUUACCUCCUUCAUCAUUUAAGGAUAAUGUGAUGUACAGCUCCCUGUCGAAGCUCUGAAACACAGCUGGUUUUGUGGAGAAGAACCCAAACAUGCUCAAGAUAAUGAUUAACACAAGGUGUCACAUAUUAUGGGCUGAGCUCUUAUUGUGUAAAAGGUUUUUGAGAAAACAAACCAUGUUACUCAUCUCGUUUGUAUAAACACAAUUGACAUAAAGGCUAUAGAUACCAGUUUUUCUUUUAUAGACACCUCAUUUUUUUAAAAAUUUAAGCUAAGGUGUGGAAUUUAAGAAAUGAUAAACAAGUGAUUUGUAUAUUCUGUUCUUUGUGAAUGUAAGAAACUAAAGCGACAGCCAGUGAUUAAUGAUGAGCUGACAAAGUCAAAGUGAGUUUUUUAUAGCUGAGUGCUCAUAGUGAGAUCAGACCCGUCUGUCACAUUUCUCGUUGUAAGAGUAUUUAUAGAAACAGGCAUAAAGUUGAAGGUUUAGCACUGUGCCUGCGUGUUUUAGUGGGCAGAUUUUGUGAGCUAGGAAAAUCUCUAACUUUGUCCUAUUUUGAUCAUAUUUAAUUGUAUAGAUAAAUAUAUCAUCUUGAAUUAACCAAAUAGAAAUCAGGCAAAGAUCACCAAAGUCACAUGUAAAUGUUACAAUGAUUGCAUUUUAGGUUAAGUGUUUUGUAAUAGCAUGUUCUAUGUCAUGGCUGAAAUGGCACUUAUUUCUUUAAACUCAGACUUUAUUUGUAAUUAGAUUAAUAAUAAAGCUUUUAUUGUA